UACAGUGGUUUUUCAACUCUGGAGAAGAAGAAUAAGCCAAUUUUCUUGAAGCAACUGAGUAAAAUAUGGGAAAAUAAUUUUCGUGGUGGAAGAUUUUCAAAAGCCAACACACUAUUGAUCGAUGAUGAGCCACAUGCUGCUCUACUUAACCCUCCUAAUACAGCGGCGUUUCCUCCUGCUUACAAAGUUAGAAAUCGCAGACACACAUUUCUUCGUCCUAAGGGCGAAAUGCAGGAGUUUCGGGAGUGGCUAGUUGAUGCAAAUGAUGUUCCAGCGUAUGUGAAAGGACAUCCCUUUGGACAACCUGCGAUAACAGACUCUCAUCCGGAUUGGGAUUACUAUUCUGGGAUAGUUUGUGCAACGGAAACUCCUGACUUUGGCUUCCCUGAUUAUGAAUCUGAUUAUUACUCUGAUUAGGCUUCUAGUUACUAUUAUGUCAAAAACCAUAAGUAAAUCUCUUCUUAGUAGUUGGAAGCUUGCAAGUGGCAUGUCUUUGUGGUUUUAUGUGCCUAUGGGCCAAUGAUAUAACUAUGUUUACCUAAGGU